AUGCAAGAAGCGCUUCAGCGACAUUUUGUGGGAAUAGAUUUCAUUGAGCGUAACGCAGGUCCUGACAUCGACGAACAUAUGCAGGAAGAGGGUGAGCGUGUCGAAACAUUGUUUUUCAAAAAUUUGAUGGAGUAUGAUUUUAAUUUAGAAUCGCUAUCGAAAACAACAAUCGCUAUCGAAAACAGCGUAUGCGGGUAG